AUGCCACCAAAAUCUCUGUCUUUCGUUGAUGUUACAAAAGAAAAUUUGGUUUCUAUUCAGCACAUUAUUGAAAAAGCUUUAAAUUCUGCAAGUUUCAUAGCUUUGGAUACUGAGUUUACUGGUCUAGGUGGAAAAGAAGCUAACACUAAGGCUCCUAAUAUUGAAGAACGUUAUGUCAAUUUAUGUAAAGUCGUUAGAUCACAUGCCUUGGUUGCUUUUGGUCUCACAAUAUUUGAAGAAGUAACAAAUGAUGUACAAAGAAUGUCUGAAUCUUUGGAAAAACGUUAUAACGUUCAUAAUUUUAACUUCAGUCUCUUAAGUCAAGUUGAUCAUAUUAUAAGCCCACAAAGUUUACAGUUCUUAUCUGAUAGUGGAUUCGAUUUUAAUAAGCAAAUCCGUAAAGGAAUUCCAUAUUUUCCAGGAUGUGAUAAGUCAAAUUCCAACCUCAAGGAUCCAAAUAAUAUUAUGCGAUCAAUAUUUUCUUACAUUCUAUCAAGGAAUGUACCUAUUGUUGUGCAUAAUGGAUUCUUUGAUUUGAUAUACCUUUAUUAUUCCUUUUACGCUGAUUUACCAAGUAAAUUAAGUACCUUUAUCGCGGAUUUAUCUGAAAUGUUUUUAGGUGGUAUUGUAGAUACAAAAUAUAUAGCAGAUUAUGUCACAAGAGAAAAGAGUAGUUUUUUAGCAUAUUUGUUCCGCAAAUACGAAAGAGAACAGGUUGAUAAUAAGUUUUCUGGCAACAAAGAAUAUUUGUUCUUAUCAAUUCAAGAAGAUAUUAAAAACACUUAUAACAAUCAAAUUCUUCAAUCAAAUCAGUUUGAGAAUUCAUCUUAUUCAAACGAGAAGAAAGUAUUAAAUCGAUCCCAAAAUAUAAAGUAUUGUGAACAAUAUGCUUUUCAUGGAUUUUGUAAACAAAGAAUGAAAUGUGGAAAUUCACAUGAUUUAGAUUUUAUAUUGGAUGAACAAGCAAGAGAGGCCGAAACAAGACGAAAAAAACGUAAAUUGAAUCAAAAUCAGGAACGAUUACCAAAAGAUAUUAACCAAUCAACAGAAUAUGUAUCAGCAUCAGAACCACCAACUCUUUUACCUUCAACUAAACCGGAUCAAUUUGAUAUGUAUCAUUCAGCACAUUUUGAUGCAUAUAUGACAGGAUUUAUUUUUGCUAGACAAAUGUUAAAAUAUGGAAAAACUAAAGUGAAUAAUGAAUAUAAGAAUAAAUUAUAUCUUAUGGGAAAGAAUUUACCACUUUUAGUUGAAAAAAGUCAAUUUAGUAAAACGAGUAAUGGACAUAAUAAAAAAAAAAUGAUGUAA